AAUGAGAGUUUUCAUUCUCAGCAGUCACCCUGCCGCUAUUACAGGGCGGGCAACAGAGAAAAAAAACUUUGUGCUCCACCUUGAAACACACUACACAACACGAUACAAUGUCAAAAAAACCACAAGCAGCUGAAGCACUCGUUCGCAUUCUGGUAUCUGCUGGAAAAGCAUCGCCUUCACCCCCCGUCGGUCCUGCUCUUGGUGCACGAGGUGUCAAGUCCAUGGACUUUUGUAAACAAUUCAACGACAAGACCAAGCACAUCGUACCCGAAACACCCAUUCCCACCGUCAUUACGAUUAAACCCGACCGCACGUUUACGUUUGUCACAAAAACGCCACCAACGACAUUUUUGUUGAAACGGGCUGCUGGCAUUCACAAGGGAGCGCAGAAACCCGGCUCGGAAACUGUGGCCAAAUUGUCGUUGAAGCACGUUUACGAAAUUGCGAAAAUCAAGCAGACGGACGCUAACCUCAAGCACUUGUCGUUGGAAAGUAUCUGCGGUAGUGUGAUUGGUGUGGCAAAGAGCGUUGGUAUUCAAAUCGUUCACUAGAUAAAAAGAUCACAUAACUCCCUACUUGGCAUCAUCAUCAUCCCUAUCCAACUUUCUCUCUUCUUAUUAUUACACACAUACACGUACACCCACACUCCUCUUUGUAGAUAUAAACCAUAACACCAUUUUGACAUUUAUAAUAAAAAGUUUACAACGACGCGUAGAUCUUGCAGAAGCAA